GAUCUGAGGAUCUCUCUGUUGCAUGGCCUUGUCAUUAACAAAAAGCAGCAAGAGUGGAAGGUUGUGGAGCUCGUCUCAUCCUUGUGCAUGCUGUGUCGGACCCAGUGAUGAGAGGGUCCCAACAACAGUGAGACCCACAACACUCACGCUUUCUCUCACCCCUCCACUUUAACCUCUGAGUUACACUCACUGCUCUCCUUUGGAUUAUUGCUUUUUUUGAUGCUGAAUCCUAUGUAGGAUCGAAAGAAGAAUCUGCAAGGAGGAUUAACUUUGCAGCUUGUUUUUUCUUUUUCUUUCCAACUUUUUCUCCACUGAAGUUGGUUAUAUUCAUCAUCUCAUCUGUAUGAGAUUUUCUUCAGCUGGAAUAAUGCCUUUGUGCUGGAGUAGAAGCUCCUGGUUUCCAGUGGUGUUUGGUGCUGCGCUCGUUGUUCUUACUGCUGGUAAUGCUGGACCCAACCAGGACAGGAGGCAGGCUGGGUCGUCCUCGUGCUUUGGAGGCUUUGAUCUUUACUUUGUUUUGGACAAAUCUGGGAGUGUGCAGAAUCACUGGACCGAAAUCUACCACUUUGUUGAACAUUUAGCUCAUAAAUUCAUAAGUCCACAGUUGCGGAUGUCCUUCAUUGUGUUUUCCACUGAGGGAAGGAUCUUAAUGAGCCUGACAGAAGACAGGGAACACAUUCGCAAAGGUCUAGAAGAGCUCCAGAGGGUUCUUCCAGGGGGAGACACCUUCAUGCAUGAGGGCAUCCUGAGAGCUAGUGAGCAGAUUUACUACGGAAACACUGAAGGUUAUCGCACUGCCAGUGUUAUCAUAGCUCUGACAGAUGGAGAGCUGCAUGAGGAUCUUUUCUACUACGCUGAGAGAGAGGCCAACCGCUCCCGAAGUCUGGGUGCCUCAGUUUACUGUGUGGGGGUGAAGGACUUCAAUGAGACACAGCUGGCAAAGAUUGCUGAUAGUAAGGACCAUGUCUUCCCUGUAAAUGAUGGAUUUGAGGCCUUGCAGGGGGUCAUUGACUCGAUCCUGAAGAAGUCCUGUAUCGAGAUUCUGGCAGCAGAGCCCUCUAGUAUCUGUGCAGGAGAGUCCUUCCAAGUGGUGGUGAGAGGAAAUGGAUUCCUCCACGCCCGCAAUGUCGAUAAGGUCCUGUGCAGCUUCCGCAUCAACGACACCCUUACUAAGAUGGUGAAGCCUUUGAUUGUGGAAGAUACAUAUCUUCUCUGCCCUGCACCAGUGCUCCAAGAUGAGGGGAUGGCAGCAAACCUUUAUGUCAGUAUGAACGAAGGUCUCAGUUUCAUCUCCAGUUCGGUCACCAUUACCACUGUGGGCUGUUCUGAUGGGACCAUCCUGGCCAUAGCUCUUCUCAUCCUGAUGCUGCUCUUGGUCUUGGCUCUCCUCUGGUGGUUCUGGCCUCUCUGCUGCACUGUGAUCAUCCAUGAACCCCCACCACCAGUUGCGGAGGAGAGUUCGGAUGAUGAAGACUUUGAUGCCCCUAAGAAGAAAUGGCCGACUGUGGAUGCCUCCUACUACGGAGGAAGAGGAGUUGGGGGAAUCAAAAGGAUGGAGGUUCGCUGGGGUGAGAAAGGGUCCACCGAAGAAGGAGCAAAGCUGGAGAAGGCCAAAAAUGCCAAAGUGAAGAUGCCUGAGCAGGAGUAUGUGCCGCCCCCCACGCGGGUUCUCAAUAACGGCAUGACCAAACCCCCGGGGCCACGCAAGUGGUACUCACCCAUCAAGAGCAAACUGGAUGCAUUGUGGGUACUUUUAAGAAAAGGCUACGACCGUGUGUCUGUAAUGAGACCUCAUCCGGGUGACAAGGGCAGAUGCAUGAACUUCACCCGCAUAAAGUCUCCCCUUCCUCACUACCCACACUACAACCACCACCCAUCUCCUAUCUACAACCCUCCCAGCAGGAGUCCACCUCCACCGCAGUGCAACCUCCCACCGACCCCCGGCAGCCCUCCAUCAUCUCCAUCAUUCUCCUCCUCCACCCUUCCACCGCUGCCUCCAACACAUCCUCCUACCUCCACCACUCCCUCCCCUCCCAUCACGCCUCCCCCUUACACGCCACCUCCCAACCGGGCUCUUCCUCUUACCACCCUGCACAUACCUGCGCCGCCAGCGUUCCCACCCACCCCUCCACCCUCUGCCUCCCCGACCGGUUCCCUGCCUUCUCUUCCUCCUUUGGGACCUCCUCCGGGACGAGCCCCUCCACCUGCCCGUGCACCACCUCGCCCUGGCCUGUAGAGCUCUGGCAGCAGACGGGAGAGAGUUUAAAAGGAUUUAAAAAGGCAACUCACCAGCCCCACCAGCAAUCAGUACAUGACCAUCCUUGAUUGCACCUGCAAGCGAGGACAUGAGUGCCUCGUGCCACGCUCAGUGGGCUGUGGCCUUUCUGCCUUGUGAAGUGGUGCAGUGAUGCCUUGUUUUCAGCUAUUUGUUUACAGUGACUUUUGUACACAUUUAGCCCAACAGUGCAAUUGCUCUAAUGCUUGAAUUACACAGACAUUCCCUACAAAUGAGGUAAUGCAGGCCGGCUCAAAAACAUUUGCCUCUGUGGUCCUCAGAGCUGCUUCAGGCCCUGUUGUCCCCUCCAUGAGCACACAAGAUUGGAUGAAUCCUGACCAAGCAGGGGAACAAUAGCUUGUACUAAUGCCUCUGUACGUAGGCUCUAAACAAGGAGCACAAUCGUGUUUAAAAUGGUCAUGACACUAAAGUAUGUGCUUGUGUAACAUUCUUAUCUUUCCUGAUAAUAGAUAAAAGAUAUUGCAAAUGUUCCACAUACAGCAGAUUUAGAAGAAUCUGAAAAUCCCCGUUUGUGUACUCUUGAAUGUUGAGCAAUUGCAUGCAAUAGCGUUUGAGUCAGCAUUUUUGUUCUUUUUUAUAAUGUUUCUACCUUGUUUUAUACAACAUAAAUACAUUUUUUAUUUGUACUUUUAUUGUGGAGUAGACCACAUUUUAGAGUUUUAAUUUUUGAGGUUAGAAAAACAAUCAUUGCUGAUAAACACAUGUACAGUAAGCGUAUUGCAAUGCAACGUCUGUGAACUUGUUCUUGCAACUUUUGACUCCCAUGCCGUAUUAAACCAGACUAAUGUGAGUCACAGCUGGCUUAUUUUUUGUACACAUCAGAGUAAACAAUAAAUUGGGAUAUAGACACAAAAUUAUCCCUAUUACUAUGACCGACCUGACCAAGAUGACUGCAGUCACUGCUAUAGUUGCAUAUGCUCUGUCUAUCAAUAUGUGGACAAAAAUAUGUCAGAGUCAGGGAAAAACAAUAUGUGUAAAUAAUCAUUUUGAUAUAACCAUGUGUGCGCGUGUGUGUGUCAGAAAGAAAGAGACCAGUCUACUGUAUGUAUUCAUGACAGCCAGUCUCACAGUAGACUGACCUCAGUCAGUAUGCUAGUUUUAUCAGCUUAAACAAAAAUGAUCUGUUUGGUUGUUUUUUGCACAAGAUGCUUUCAGUUCCUCAAAGCAUGGAACAUGAUAAAAGCAUGUUGUUUCAUGGGUCAUAUAAAGUUCAGUGUAGAUUAAAAGAAGAUUCAAAGGUUGAUAUGAAGCUGUUCUUUGUUGGUAUUCAGAGGAGUCUCAGCAGAAUGCAGUGCAGAUUGCGAGCUCAUCUUUAGCAGUCAGAGAGGAUCUUUCACUGAAAGUCUUAUAUAAAUGUCCUGGCAAAACUGAACAGACAGUAUGUAACUUUCCACCAAUACAGUAUGUAUAUACCUAUGUUUGUUUAAUUCAAAAUGAAAGUAAACAAUUUAAGUGUAUUAAAUUGGA